AUGUCUUGGGCCGUCAUCAGGAGACCCGUGAAGGUAUGUGCCACAGUGGCCGCGGCAACCGCGUUCUCUUGGUUGUAUUCUUGUCGCCCGGUGGUUGUGACACAGGAAGCACCAACGAUUGCUCUGGACAGCAACGUUGGCUCUGCAGUGGAGCCGCUUUGGGAUUACAUGUCUUUUUUGGACGCACACACCGGAGAAUGGAAAGUGGAAUCUAGUAAUUUUUUGAAGCGUGGUGAGGUGAGUCGACAUACUGACGAGCCCAAGGUGCAAGUGCUGCGACUGGGCUCCUCAUAUUCGCCGGAUGCCGGGAAUGGGCAUCCAAUACCUUUCAUGCGUGUUGUUGGAUUUUUUCCCGACGCAUUCCCAGAAGAGAUCUUUAAUUUUAUGACGGAUCUCUACCUGCGGCGACAGUGGGAUCGUAAUUAUCACAUGUUUUGCAAGUGGGACUGCUCCACAGGGCAGAGUGCUCCAGAAACGCUGAAUUCAGUCAAGAGGCCAAUCGAAAUGGUUGCAAAGAAGAGACCAGUGUGCCAAAAUGACGUUUGUCUUUUGAUUCCUGAUAUUAAAGAAGAAGUUGUUGACCAUGGAUGGUUUGCGCAUCGUGUCGGCCAUUCACUUCUUGACCGAUUUGGAAUUGCUGACCGUCUUUUUGCUUACCAGCGCCGCUCUGUUUGCUACACAAAGUUGGGCAGCGGUGCAAGCCCGCUGAAGGUAUAUGAUAUCCUCUAUAGUGGAAGUGGCGAGACGGUUAAGAAAGCGACUGAGCAAUCUGAACCGUUUGCCGAGUGGUUACAUUUGUGUGAAAGCGAGAAGGAGGCUACUCGUGUGAGUGUAAAUUAUCAACAUAUUUUGAUAAUUCCUAUUGCUGAUGCUGCGUCUCAGCUUUGGGCUGAUCCGUUGCGCCUCGCCUUUGGUGGAAGCAUGGUGGAUGGGAAGACCACAAAGAUCGUAUACGAUGAGUUUAUGGAUAGCGUUCGCCUUUACGCGGAAACAAAGAAGCUGGAUGGGACGCUCAUGAUUAUGACUUCGGCCAACGACGUGCAAAUGCCUAGCAGCGUUCCAAUGUGGGCUCAACGAAUGCUUGCCACUUUUUUUUCUAAUUAUGCGCAUCGUGAAAUGCUAAAAGCGAUACGUUCUCACAGAAAAAAAAAUUAA